UGGCACAUAUUCUCCCUCAAGAGUGAAGAACCUGAUCUUCCAGUUCGUCUUUCUCAGUCUCUUCGCAUCUCAGGGGAAAAAAUGAGUGGUCGGUCAAGUCGCACAAUUUAUGUUGGCAAUCUUCCUGGUGAUGUUCGUUUGAGAGAAGUAGAGGAUCUUUUCUACAAGUAUGGUCCAAUCAUAGACAUUGAUUUGAAGAUCCCUCCAAGACCUCCAGGUUAUGCUUUUGUUGAGUUUGAGGAUGCUCGUGAUGCUGAAGAUGCAAUUCACUAUCGGGAUGGUUACAAUUUUGACGGCUUUCGAUUACGAGUUGAACUUGCACAUGGUGGACGGGGAUAUUCAUCAUCAGUAGACCGUUACAGUAGUUAUAGUGGUAGCAGUGGUAACCGUGGAGUUUCCAGGCGUUCUGACUAUCGUGUUCUGGUCACUGGAUUACCUCCUUCUGCUUCAUGGCAAGACCUGAAAGAUCACAUGCGUAGAGCUGGUGAUGUGUGUUUUUCUCAAGUCUUCCGUGAGCGUGGUGGCGUGACUGGGAUAGUGGAUUAUACCAAUUGUGAUGAUAUGAAAUAUGCAAUCAGGAAACUCGAUGACUCAGAAUUCCGAAAUGCCUUUUCUCGGGCAUACAUACGGGUGAGGGAAUAUGAUCGGAGUUAUUCUAGGAGUCCCAGUUGUGAUUCAAGGAGGAGCUAUUCUAGAAGCCCCAGCUGCAGUCCAUAUAUGUCACGAAGUCGAAGCCAGAGCCGAAGUAAUAGCUAUAGUGGCAGGAGCAGAAGGUUCACUUUGGUUGCAUUAAAGUAUGGUUUGUUUGACUCCAAAAGCAAAAUUCUCUCGGCCUUGAUCAAGCCUAUGUGGCCUUUUGCGGCGACCUGGGAACUGCAUGUUAGGAUCUUGAUGGCAUGUGGUGCUCAAACGCCUGCAACUUUGUGGUCUGAGGUCCCGGUCAAGAUCCAGAUCUCCAUAUUCAUCUCCUCGACCUCGACGGAGUUGCAGUCCUAGCCAGAGUCCGAGGAGCCUGUCUCAAUCUCGUCUGGCUUAGAUCUGAUUGACAGGUGAGAUCUGAACGCAGCGGAAUUGUUGACUCUAGAGAUCAUUACUGAGCAUGCAUUUUCCGUGCUGCAUUUUUAAUUUGAUAACUUGAACAUUACGACAUCUAAGACCCAAUGUGUGUGGCUCUGUAGCUCCAACUAGUUUUGUAUUUGAAUUUUAAAUUUGAUAUGUGAAGCCGUGAAAUAAACCUAAACCUUUUGUGCAUUUAAAUAAAAAGUGGAUGAUUGGAACAAGAACUGAAAUGAUGUGUUAUCA